CAUACAGAUUCUGAAAAAAUCUAAUUGAAAUUUUGAUUUGCUCUGUUCUGUAUGAGUGUUUGAUUUAUUAUUAUAAAUGAGGUAUUGCUCUGGAUUUUAAAAGUUAACAUGGUUGUUUCUGUACAAUGACCUCAGAAUCAAACAACAUGAUUGUAGAACCCAUAAGGGAAAACGGUUUGAUUCAGCUGUCCAGUGAAGCAACUACUGCUUCUCCAGAAGCCUCUAGUACAGCCAGUGAUUCCCCCACUCCUACCAACAGUGUCCACGAGAAGAACUGGCCAUCCCAUUGGCAAGGACUCGUUUCAGAAGAACAGAGACAAUUAUUGGGGACUGAAGAAGAGUCAUCAGACCGACACAGUAGUGAUGGAGAGGAAGAAGUGCCAAAAGAAGUGUGGACGAUCAAUGAAGAACAGCUGGAGUACUAUCGUGCACAGUUUUGUACACUUCAGCCCGACCCCAACAGUUUACUUCCUGGGCCAGCAGCAAGACAGUUCUUUGAGAAGUCAAAACUGCCUGUUCAGGAACUUCGUAAAAUAUGGCAGUUAGCGGAUGUUACAAAAGAUGGUGCGUUAUCAUUGGCAGAGUUCAAUGUCGCAAUGCACCUAGUGGUGCUCAAGAGAAACAACAUCCCCUUACCUGAUGUUCUGCCCCCAACGCUCAUGCCUGUUGUGGUAUCAAGCCCCCACGCUUCUAGUCCCACACUGAGCACUGCCGAGUCUGCCAGCUCUCCUCACAGGGGAAAGGAGUGGACAAAAUUUGUGGACUCCCCUACAAGCUCUGUCUCAUCUCCAGGUCCUAAACCAGUCAACUUUGACUUUCACAAAUCAGCUGUUGAACAGGACCCUAAGAUAUUGCAUCCAGUCCCACUGCGAGUGACUCCUGGCCCGGAUGUCCUAGAUGAUGAGCCCAAGAAGCUGACAGAGCAGCUGAGUGGAGGUGAUGCCAGCCCUAUCCGGCCUAUUCAGAGACCCCAGCCUAAGAAACCUGCAGCUCCUGGACCCGGAGCAAUACCACCGCCACCUCAAGCGGUUCUCGACGAUAUUGUUGGGAGCUCUGGACCAGUCAGUCUGCCAGCCGCUACUCUACAGAAGAAGGAGCCACCCCCUCCUCCCCCUCCACGACCAUAUCGGACCCACACCCGUAGCUCAUCUCUUGAUUUGAACAGGCUGGGUAAGACUGGAAGUAUAACUAACAUACCACCAGUCGUCCCUCCUAGAACAUCCCCAGGUUCGACCUCACCAAAAAAAUACAUCGGCCAACAAUUAGAGGGUGAAGUGGAGCAAACGCCAACAUUUGCAGACUUCACACAGUUUCCGCCGGAGAUCACGAGCGAGCAAGUCCGGUCUCACGGAGCUUUCCAGGUCUACAGGAAACCAGUUCCAGAAAGGAGUUCGCCCCCUUUCAGAGAGUUGCCAGCCGCGCCAUCAGAACCUAGCCUGGACACACGAAGAGAACAUAACGAGGUCCUGAGACAAUUGUGUGCUACACUACACAGUGAUCUGGUCCUGGUACGGGAGGAGAGAGUAGCCCUUCAGUCAGUGUUGGAACAAUUCAACUCGUAAUAUCGCUCUAUUCCUACAGUGUUGUUGUUGUUACUGUCAGUGUACAUUUGUUUUGUUGACAUUAUUGUAAAGAUUUAUUUUUACUAUUAUUUAAAUAGUGAUAUACACUAUUGUACUAAAAAAAUUUAUUUUAUUAGGCACAAACACCUGUCGGAUUUGUGCAAGAUAUGUGCAAGGCACGUCUGGCGAGUGGUGGUCAGAAUUUUGUCCAUGAAGACACUAAGGAAGAAUUUAGUAUUAUAAAACUAUGUUUAAAGUGAAUUUGAAUUAUUUUAAACAAGGCUGUUUUGAUUUAUUUAAAAUAACAGAACUGCAACAGAAAAGUACAUUCUCUCGUCAAACAAUAUUGGAGCCAAAUGCUAAAAAAUCUAAUGUUGACAGUAAUAAUUCGAUUUUGGUCAUUGAAAUUUUAAGUUAAGCUGUGUUUAAAACACGUUUUAGUUUGUUUAAGUCAAAUAUACCUUUUAAACCCGUCAUUUAACAAGCCCAGCUGUAUGAAGUCAUAAAUAUUAUAUGAAAAUAAAAAAUUAUAUUUAAAAAAAGUUUAAUGUAAUAGUUCACCAUUCAUAUUUUUUUCUUAUUUUCAGACCAGCUAAAUUAAAUUUUAAAUAUAAUAGUCAAACUCUAGACUGAAACGAAAAUUUGAGCUAUUGUUGUGAACAUCCUCUAGCAACACACUUAUUCCUGGGACAAUGGGAAUGUCCAGCUUCUCACGGUCCCAGGAGUGGGUAAUAAUAUGGUGAUCAUCACAUCUACCAUUUUUGGAUCUGUUGCGGCAUGAAUCUCUAACCGGUGAACUUCAAGUCAUCUAUAACACGGCGGUCUCCACAUUGUGUAUCUGCUGAUACGAGGGCCUGUUGGUUAAUAUUUUGGGAAUGAAAUUAUGGAAAUUAUGAGUUCCCACAAACAUCUUUAAGACUUUGGUUACACAGAGGUGAGUGUCAGGUGAAAAUCUCAUUGACAUCGUUGUGUUUGCGAGGCAAAGACAAAGUUAGGCAUCGUACGAGUAAGGACGGGCAUCGCAGUUACUCUUGCAGUUGAACCCUUUGGUCACCCGCAUCCACACUAUUGAUCAGGCAUUCUCCGGCAGUUUCAUCUAGAAGGUCUGGAGAAGGCUUGAUAUCCCUUUUUUCUCCUGGCAUAUCUCUGGAACCCUAUAAGUUUAAGCCUGUCCUCACCAUGGCCACCAACAGGUCCCAUUCUGUCGUUAUCUGCCAGGUUUCUCUUAAAUCCCAGAUACCCCUGUCCCAAGUAAGAAAUCAUCAUGGCAAUCUGUCUCUUCUGCUUUUCGUAUAAAGCCUUUCUAGCAGCAUCUUCGUCAUAAAGUUCACUAGUUUUCUCAGAAGAGUCUCAUUUUAGACCACAUCUUCUGUAUCUUUCAUCUGCAUGUAUUGAAACAUUCUUCAUACAUGCAAGGUCUGAAUACAAUACGGAUUAGUAGUUAAAUAAAAAAUAGUGAAUUUAGUCAACAAAGACACCAUUUAUAUUCUUACACACUCAAUUAUAAUACUAAUUCAGAGAUUUUAAAAUUUUAAUUUUACUCAAGAAUAAAAUUACUGGGCUUAUUAAACAAUAUAGGAGAAUAGAGAAUCCUUUAUGCUCUGUAAAGUAAUGCAUGCAGUGUAAAAAAUAAUGUGGAAUUAUUAUUGAAAGAUUUUCACAAACAUUUUUUUUAAUGUUUAUUUGUAGCGAUAGAUAUUUAAUUAUUUUAAAACGAUUUUUUUACCUUUCUAGUCUACACAAAAAUAUUAAUCAACCAAUUGGUGCCAACUUCAGUCUUUAUGAUAUUCAAUUAUAUGUUUGUUUUAAAUAGUAAGAUAUAGAAGAAGAAACUAUGAGAAAUUUUCUUUUAUUCUUUAAUUACUUAUCUGGCUUUGUUCCACAUGAUUGUCAGACAUAUUUAAAACAGAGUCUUUGGGAACAUUUACUAUGUGUCUGAAUUUGCUUUUUACCAUAUUGAAUAUUUGUGUUCCACAUGAUAAAAUGACUGUAAAAAAAGUCCAGACUACUAUAAAAUUAUUCAUUUUGACGACAGUACAAAUACUUUGCCUUUUAAAAUCCUGAUGUAUUUUUUUAAAUAUAACGAUGGAAAUUAGCUCCUAUAUCUAUGCCAGUGUACAUUUUCCUUAGUUCCCAACUAAAAUUUCGCCUUAAAGCAGUUUUGGUACCAAUCAGUCUUUCCAGUCAAAAUUCUGACCACCACGUGUUGCUGACAUACAACCUUUUAUUAUAUAGCAAUCAUCUGCAAGUAUGUUAGUAAGUAUUAAAUUAUUUUACACAUAGUGUUGUUGAACAGUAAAGUAUAUUGUAUCAAAAUUGCUAUUCCAUUAUUGUGGUAGUUAUAUAUAAUUUGAAGAGCACGUAAUAUUGUAAAAAUAUUUUGAUAUUGAAGAAUCUAGUCUAAAUAUAACUGGAGUCUUUUCUUUCAGUUUUAUAUCAUUAUCAUGUGUCCAUUAGCAAUAUUUAUGACUUUGUUUUGAUACUUGUUACAAGAUAUGAAUAUUAGAUAUUUUACUUUAUAUUUGCUCCUGCAUCUGUUAACAAAGUCAGGAUAUUUUAUAUAUUAUGGUAUAUUUGCCUUAUAACAUGAUCCUAACAAAUUCACUUAAUUAUUUUAACUAUUAUUUCAACCUUGUAAUAGCAAUAGUUUUGUUUUAUUCUUGAGAAAAUAAGUUGCGUUACUAAUUCAGUACUUAACCCAAUUACGUUUUUAUGUUCUUCAAGGGGUAUGAGUUAGAAAAGUAUUCUCUCAGUAAACCAAUACUUACAUAAUAAAGAAUAAAAUAGGUAUUACGAUAAUGUCAUAAUUUUAUACUUGAAGGGUUUUACUGUGUGAUUUGUACAUUAUAUCAAUAAUAUAAUAUAUAAACUAGAAAAUUAAAUACAAAUUUUGUCUCUAAUGCCUAAUUUGAUAUAAUACUAAUAGUUCUUGGCCUGUACAUGCUUUUUAGAAGUAAAAGUAAUAAAAGCACAAAGCUGGUAUGUCUUUA